AUGCCACCCAUACCCGCUGUGUACGAUGAAGAGGUUACUCAGCUCAUAGAAUCCACUCAACGACGCCAGAAGGAUAUUGCCGACUUCCAAAUACCACGAUUGAGGACGUGCAAUGGACCUUUGGCGCUACAACAACGCCUCUUUGUGGAGCUGCGGGAGGAUAUUGACCUGUACGCACGGGAACUCCAAAGCCUAGAGUUGCUUGUCGCUGACCAACGAAGCGAGAAGGCUCGUAGGGAACUACAAGCCACCGUGUCCGACUACCAGGAAAUACUUGCGAGAUUAAGACGGGAUUCAAGAGGAGCCCUGUUGACCUCCAAGCGUCUUCUGGAUAACCAAAGCAAGUCAAAUCGAGAGGAACUGCUGCGCUCCAAUGUUGUGUCAGAGAAGAAGGAUGUGAAUGAAACUAUAACCGAGGACAAGUUGAUCAAGGCCAAUAACGACGUAACGGACGCAUUACGACGGACCAUGAAUCUUAUGCAGGGCGAGCUUGAGCGGUCUGUUCUCACAACACAAAUGCUAGAGACAUCUACUGCUUCCUUGCGGUCAACGUCUACGACUCAUGACACUCUGACGAACUUGAUGGGCACCUCCAAGCAUCUAAUAACAGCGCUAGAGAAGGCAGACUGGCUGGACCGGCUCCUCAUUUUGGCUGCACUGUCUUUCUUCGUUCUGGUGGUCUUGUUUAUCCUGAAGCAAAGAAUUGUAGAUCGCGGAUUGAGGGUCGCUUUCUGGUGGACAAGAUUUCUGCCUGGCGGGGUUCAGCGUGUUCCAGAAGACGUACUCGGAGAAGCAGAGAAAGGACUCCAUGUCCCUGUCAGCUCGAUCAGCGUUGCGACAAGUCUGGCAACAGCGGCAGUCUCGUCGCUAAUCUCUGCGGUCACGCCCUCGUUAGCGGCUUCCCUUUCGUCGACUUUGGCAGAUACUAAUAGCCAAUUGACCUCGUCGUCGAGUCUUCCGGAGGCAACUGUUGCCGAUCACGUUGAGCUAUAA